GGCGGGGGAAGGGGGCGGCUCGGGCAGCUCGGCUGGAGCGGCGCUCACGGGCCCAUCGCCUCGAGAGGGGAGACGCUGGCAGCUCGGCCCCGCGCGCGCUGAGACACACCGGGAGCACCGACUCGGCCACCGCCUCCCCCCGCCGCGCCCGCCGCCGCCGCUCCAACUACAUCCGGGGAACUCGGGCGACGCCGCGCUCGGUCAACGUCGGCUCUUUCCGGCUCUUUCCGACGCGCUCCGUCCCCUCUGUCCCCUUUGCUCUCGGGCGACUCUGCCUUCGGUAAACAUCGGCUGCGUCCGCCGUGCCUGACGCCCCUCAGUCCCUCCCUUCGGCAAACAUCGGCUACCUCCGCCAAGCACGACGCCCUUCAGUCCCUCCCUUCGGCAAACAUCGGCUCCUUCCGUAACGCUCGGCCCUCCUGCCCCUCCCGCCUCGGCCCACUCUUGCGAGCGCUACCUGUCUUCGGAAAACAUCGCGUUUUUCCGGAGAGACGUUUCCGCGCGGCCGUCAGGGCGGUGCCGCGUUCGGAAGCGCUCGGGUAUUUCCGUGACCCCUCACGGGCCAGCGCGGUCGUUGGCGGGUGCACGGGGCCGGUUAGCGGAGGGCAGCGCGGCCUCGCUAGCGGUGCCGCUCCCUCGGUGGGGAGGAAUCGCGAUCCUGCCAGGCAGAAGGCCGUUGCUGAAAGGGGACUUCAGGGAGUGAGUGGAGUAUGACUCAGCAGGGAGCUGUUCUUCAGGGUUACAAUAAUGAACUAGUGAAAUGCAUUGAAGAUUUAUGUAUGCAAAAAGAAGAACUGAACAAACAAAUCCAGCAAGCAGAAGAGGAAAAGAAUAAACUCCAGCAUGAAAUCCAAGUCCUCAGUGAACAGCUGGAGUGUGUAUGUGAAAACCUGGCCCAAAAAGUGGCUUCACGGAAUGAACUUGAUAAAAUACUUGCUGAAACAGAAGCUGCUUACAUGAAGAUUUUGGAUAGCUCUAGAACUUUACUUAAUGUCCUGAAGAAGGAAGUGGGAAGUUUAAAGCAUUCACCAGAUCUGAAAACCAAUGUAACGUGAAACAGUCAAAUGUUUGGACUCUGCAGUGCUAAAAUUCCACUAGCAGAUGCUGCCAAGCCCAGCGUCUGAUUUCAGUCCUGAUCUGGAAUAACUCCAGGGGCAUGCACGAAGCCAUUUCUUUCUUCCCUCCUAAGGGGGUGGUGGCAGGGAGGAGAUUCAAGACUAUUGUUCUCCCUCCCUUUGUCCCUCCUGCAGCAGCAGCCAACAUUGUUCAUUUUUAUUUACUUCCCCCUCUCUGUAAACCAGCAGGGCUCGCAGCAGAGGGAUGCAGCUCUCAUUAGAGUAAUUAGGCUGAUUUAUGAGAGAGUGGCACGGUGAAGCAGAGCUUUCCUAAUACAGUGUUCCCCACGGGAGGCUGGGCACCCCCUAGCUGCUGGUAGUGCAGUGCUGGGCCUCCCUGCCAGCUCGGACUGGAGAACCCCCUUCUCUUCCACCUCUCAUAUCAGUGAACGUGACAAACACAUGCAAUAAAUGCUUUUUUCCUUCAUGUGAUAUUCUUCACAAGUUGUAUGUUCCACGUUAAUAUUAGAAGUCUAAUUAAAGUAAUAAAGGAGAGGGAUCCUUCCUUAGUGUUAACUAAGUGUAUGUUUUGGCUUAUAAAGGACUCUUGAAGCAAGUUUGCUGUGUCACUGGAAUGGCAAGAGCUGUUAUGGCUUUGUUCCUCUUCUGCUCUGUGGAAGUUUUCCAUUACUUUUAUGAAAGGCUUAUGUAUGAUGAGUUAGGAAAUUUUCUUCUUCCUGGGGAAAUGUUAUGAAUAUCCUUUGUUCAUCACACUUCCUUGGUGUUUUCAUGGCAAGAUACAGCGUGUCCCUGGGAAGUCCCGCUGCACUUUGGAAAUCCCAUUUGAAAUGUACAUGGGCCUAUUUAAAAACACAUUUAAGCUUUUAAAAAUGAUUUAUACAAGCAAGCAAAAAAUAAAGUAU